AUAUUUUUAAAACCCUCGCUCAUGUCACUCGUUUCGCUCAAAACCAUCGUCUUCGUGAACGAACCUUCGCGAUACAGUCGCGUCGCCAUUAGGCUAGCUGGGAAGGGAAAGGCGGGAUCGCGGCUUACAGAGGCCUCCGAAACUCCCGUCUUCCUCAUCCUUUCUCUCCGCUCCUAUCAGAAGCCAUUGAGGAAGAUAAGCCUGUUCGCGCCAUUCAUUCUCUUGGCUCGUCCAGGAUUAACUAGAUCCGCCGAUUAACAGGAUUCAGUAAAUCCCGAUUUUAUAGCGAAUUCGCGUCAUUUUGGGAUUUACGGGUCUCAGGAUUUAUGGAGGGUUUGUUUGCGUUUGGCGUAAAUCCUUCAUAAAUCCUGCUUAAAACCUUAUACCCAAUAGCGGGUUCGGUUUUUUUUUUCUGUUGUUGUUGUUGUUGAACGACAAUGGAAAUCACCGCCUACUCGACGACUGCGAAGAGGAAGAAUCACAGACCCGAGGCUCAGUUCAGGCACGCACUUGACACUUGCUCCAAGAACAACGAUCUGCCAGGUGCCCUCGCUCUUUACCAGUCCGCCGAUUCCAAGAACAUCCAUCUCUCCGCAUACCACUUCAACUCCCUCCUCCACAUCUUCUCCUCCUCUCUCGAGACCCUAGAAAAGAAGGAACCUACCAAACAAUCCGUGAUAGAGAAUGCCUUCUGCAUAUUCGAUCGCAUGGUGGCUACUGGCGCCACCCCCACGGAGGCUACCGUCACAACGAUGGCGAGGAUCGCCGCCCGUCGACCGGAUAGUGGGGGAAAUAUGGCUUUUGAUCUCGUGAAGACCAUGGGGGAUAAGUACGGCGCAACGCCAAAACUUAGAACCUACGGCCCCGCGCUAUUUACGUUCUGCAGAAAUGGAGAAGCCGAGAAGGCUUAUUCCGUGGAGGAGCACAUGGCAUCGAAAGGAGUUUCUCCCGAAGAAGCGGAGAUUGCUGCUCUGUUGGAGGUUAGCGCGAGAGAUGGGAGAGGGGAGAGGGUCUAUGGCUAUCUGCAGAAGCUGAGAAGUUGUUUGGGCGGGAUAAAUUCUUCGACAGCUACUGUUUUGGAAAAUUGGUUUAGCAGUGAGCAGGCCGUGGAAGUUGGGAGCUUGAAUUGGGAUGCGGAUCGGGUAAAGGACGCAAUUCUAGUCAAUGGAGGAGGUUUUCAUGGUUUAGGAUGGUUGGGGAGUGGUGGAUGGGAAUUUGCUAGAGGUACUAUUAGUGUAGAUGGCCAUUGCUCUUGUUGUGGGCUGAGGUUGUUAUGUGUUGAUAUUGAUCAAAGGGAGACAGAGAAGUUUGCAGAGUCCGUGGCUGGCUUGGCUAUGGAAAGGGAAACCAGAGCAAAUUUUAGUAAAUUUCAGGAAUGGCUAGAUAAUCACACUUUCUAUGAAGCUGUAAUUGAUGGUGCAAAUGUUGCACUUUAUCAGCAGAACUUUGCAGAUGGUGGCUUUAGUCUAUCUCAGUUAAAUGUCGUCGUUGGAGAAUUACAGCGUAGGAACCAGGGUAAGUGGCCACUAAUUAUUAUUCAUAGCAAGCGCUAUCGAGUGCUCAUGGACAACCCCGCUAACAGACAGUUGCUAGAAACUUGGAGUGCAGCUGGAGCAUUAUAUACAACACCGAAUGGGUCAAAUGAUGAUUGGUAUUGGCUUUAUGCAGCGGUUAAACUCAGGUGUUUGCUUGUGACUAAUGAUGAAAUGAGAGAUCACAUAUUCGAACUCCUAGGUAGAAGUUUUUUCCCUAAAUGGAAAGAAAGGCAUCAGGUAAAGUACAGUUUUGUUAAAGGUGAUUUGGUGCUUAAAAUGCCACCUCCAUAUUCUCUAGUCAUCCAGGAAUCUGAGACUGGAUCAUGGCAUGUUCCAUUAGAUGAGAACAGCCAAAACGAGAGUUCUAGGACUUGGUUGUGCAUAACUAGACCAGCGUCAAGCAAAUCUCUAGAGGUAAGAUACCCUCGUGCCAACCAUAUUGCAGCAGUUGGAAUUCAUAAUGGUGAAUAUUUGUGCUAUAAGAAUGGCACAAAUUUAAUCACUAGACGUAAAAGGAAAGAAAGAUCUCCAUGAAAAUCACAUGCCCACUAAAUCUUGUAUUAGCAAUCUUAUUAGCCAUCUCUUCUUUAUUUUGGCAAGUUUGGCUGAAGCUUGCACAAUGGGCGUGCUUGGAUGAUUUUCUCUGUUGUAUUGUAAUAAAUGUUAUUUAUUAUACUGUUUUUUAAAUUUGUUAUUAAAAAAUGAAACAUAAGAAGUUUGCAGCAGGUUUUAUAUUGUGAAGUUACAAAAUAUGUUAGUAUUUUGUGAAACUACGCAUCAGACUUCGAAAUUAGGAACAUGAGUAAGAAUU